AUGAUGGUAAUUGCGUUUAGUGACAUUAAUUAAUCUGUGAUCUAGCCGUAAAUCCACCCAGAAGAUGUUUGUUGUGUUUUCCUUUUAUUCUACUACAUGUUUUGCCGUUCUCAUCACCUGAUUGCAACAAUGUAAAUUACCGCAUGUCGCAUGUAUGCGAUAUUGACUCAGGUUAAUAUCGAUAGCAACCGAGUUUGUGCUUAUUUUCUUGGGUAGCCUUGUCGAGUUGAUGUCGAUAAUUGUCUUUUUCGAUAUAAAAUUUUCGAGACACUCCGAAACCCUAAUUGCCGUAAUUAUGAUAUCAUAAUUUGUGAGUUUUUCUUUUUCUGCCCAUUUAAAGUCCCCUCUUUGUUUGUAUUCUAAAUGUCCAUCUUUGGGUACCCCUUAUUAUUUUGAACCUUGGUCCAGGAGCUCAUGCGUAAACUUUGAAACUUUGCCUAUGACCAGGCCCCAAUAUAUUGGGGCCUUGCAAUAGCAGGGUUACAUCUCGAUAGCGUAUAGAUAUCGAUUUUCCGAAAUAUGGGCGCCGAAUCAAUGGCGAUUUUGACCUAUAAAUAGAUACCGUCUCUAAAUCGAGUUUUUGAGAUGCACGAUAGCCGACGAAAGCGGCAGGCUUGGCUUUCCGUCUAGUAUUUUCUCUUACGCUCCCCCUUAAAUUUGUUCGUUUUAUCUAAUCCCGCGCCUGUAAACCAUUCUACCACGUUUAUUUAAAACACUCACAUGGUUACGCCUGUGUAGGCGUCAUGUAACGGUUAAACAGUUUUAUUACAGUGGAAUGAGGAAAAUGUAUUGAAGAGAACCAUAGAAAUGGAAAAUAUGCAUGUUUAUUAAACGGAGUCCCUCAAGAGCUCCCGAGUUAGUCGUUGUCAAAAGGUUGGCAACAAGUAGAAGUUGAUCCGGAGGACGGUUCUGGUAUCCCUUCUACAAACCACAAAUAGAUAUUAGGCAUGGGCAUGUUAGUCAUCAACCGCUCCACUGAUACUCACCCUGAUCUUUCUGCACACGCCUCCCUUAGCCGUCUAAAGAUCUUUUUAGUCGCCCUGUAAAAGCAGGCUUCAACUGAGAGAGCGUUGCAUAACCAUUCCCGUUCCAGGACCCGAACACAACCGCAUAUGACGAAGUGACUCUGGUAAUACAUGCUCACCGGUUAUUACGUCAUAAACUUUAGAGCUCGACGGGCCAUCCUUCAAUUCACCGUAGUUAAAUUUUGUAUAGACGCCGACAUCGUCUCAAAGGUGCCGUAAAAUAUCCUCUUGGAAAAGUCGUCAACUGUUUUUCUGUCUGAGCAUGCAAGGUAGAAAGCUUAAUGUGUAAUGAAUGAAUGGGCUGCCCGCCAGCUGGGUCUGAAGUCUACAUCCUGCACUUGGGCGUUAAGCCACUGGAAAUGGGUUGCUGUACGCAUGGGCUGGCCAAUAGGAUUUCUAGGCUGCCGAGCUGCUACUCGGAGUAUGUCGAGGACCGGUGAAAGACGUAUACCUCUACCUCCCUCAGCCGCACGAGGAUGCAUCCUUGACCUUCCACCACGUAGUGUAGUCAAGUAGACGACACUCAUGUUCUGCCACAUAAGGCAAGUAGCACGCCUUAUCUCCCGUAACCGAUCGUAAAUAGAAAGCUCCUGGAAUACUACAGAGGCUUCAUUGAACCCUCAUCAUAAACUAUAACCCUAACAAUAAGUGCAAACUCUGGAAUCAGAUUAUGACCACGGUCUAUCCCGAGCCCAUACCACUGGAGUCAAUUCUUAGUGCGCUGACACCCUAUUCGAACAUCGAGCAAACCCUCCUCUUCCACACGUUUGUUUGACACAUGAUUUCCAGUAGAAUCAUUCCGAUGAACAACAUUGUUUCUACUGGCAUAAAUAGGAUUCCAACGCAAUAUACAUAUGUCGCCCACGGUGCGACCCUUCCCUCAGAGUGAACGUGUCCUUUUAAUCCCUCUUUCGGCCAUGCGUUUUAUGCAGUCAGCGACUUUUCAGGCCUAGGGCUGUAGUCACCAAGCGCGGCUCAGUUCCAAAUCGGACAUGAUUGUUUUUACUAGUGCAUUUAGGCUGCAGAAGACGAACACUGACGGUCUCUAGAGAUAUACGUAUAUUGCAGGCAGUCGGAGUGUUGAUGGGCCGGACUGUCCUAAGACGCAAUUUUUUCCAAAUUAAGGGUCGACAAGGCUUUCGGGUGUAUCUGGUCCUCAACUUGUUUAUCACGCUUGUUUCACAACAGACCUUGAUGGAAUUAGUAAACAUCUCACCCACGAAACGUCUCCUAAUGUUCCCCAUAGAAACGCAUUGCUUUAAUAAUCGGUGUGACGUCGCUGAUAGCCUUCUGUGAAACAGAUGACUAAUUUUGACGGACCAGUCGUGCUUUUUUGAGAUAUUGAAGUAGACGAGUCAACGUUCAGAGGACAACGGGAGAAAUCUUUGUGAUGAAAUUUACCAACGUAAUUUUCUGGGUUUCACGGAGGAUCAUACCACUUGUGAAGGAAAUGCGAACAAAUGGUAAAUAUCACCUCAUUUCUCUACCUCAUAGUGUUUGUGGUGGAGAAUACUGGAUACUGAAUAAAUACCUGUUACCAUUCAAAACAGGAUUGAGGAAUUCUUUGUUGCCAGUGGACAGUGUGGCCACUCAAAGAGCUCCAGGCUUUGAAGCCUCUAAAGAUCAUACGGACGCAUGAGUCCGCAUGAGCACAUUUCCCGUUCCUUAGGACGGAAAACCAAUUAGGCAGGGUUUCUGCCCAACUUGGCAUGCCUGGAAGCUGCUCUAAUCUAGAUUCCGAACAAAUUACUCUUUGCUACUGAUGAAGUCAUAGCGCCGACCGGUUUACGUGCAAGCUAAGAGAUUUAAAUGUAACAAGGUGUAGUUUCCGUGCUGUGUAUGGUCACCGCACGCCUUUUUGUUUCUCCUUGGAGCUUUGCUUUCAGCGGGGCAGUUGCUAUGUUAGGUUUACGCUUUGGAGGGCUUCGGCUGAACGAGAAUCUUGAUUUUGGCAUAGUGCCGAAUUUUGCAGUACGGCUGUUGAAUUAUCCAUGCUGCCUUUAACGGACAUCUUAACGUUCGGAAAAUCUACCCCAACCAGCUACUUCGUCGUUGAUGUCAUUGGGAAACACAUCGGAGAAGUAUUUUUAACAUAAUAAACUCCUUUUGACGUCAUUGCCUGUUUUACCCUGCACUGUUAUCUUACAGUAUGUUGACUGUUCUACUGACUCCCGUCCUGAUUACAUGGGCAUUACAUGCGGCAAAGGAGUACAGAUAAAUUGUAAAUCGGGGACGAUACGCCCAUGUUGCAGCCAACUACAUAAGCAUGCAUGCGUGUGCAUUCAUGCUCAAGUAUUAAUUUUACGCGUAUUUCGCUGUUUGUUGCCUUUCGCUCUUCUGCUUAUUCCGAUCAACCAACUUCGAUUUUCACUAGUUCCCUCCUCAUUCGGGUUCUAGAAAAAACUAUAGGCUUAUUCAGGUAGUCUCCACUUGAACUUAAUUCGCUAACUCGAGUUAAACCGAGUGAAAUCAUUUGCCACGGAGGCCAUUUUCAAAGUAAAUUGAAUGUUAUUGUGGGCAAAAAACCUCUGUUGACUGGAGAUUUACGCUUCUUUUUUGGACGGGCCGCAGUCUGUUGUUCUGCUCGCCAGGUGACCCUCACCGGUUUUACUUCUCCACAACCUCGACAAGCCUACUUUAGUUGGCGGGCUGUUUUACUUUCAUGACUACCAAGAUGGAUGCCACGCUAGUAAUUAACUCUACACGGACAACUGGAUUUUGUGACAGUGCGUUUUAGGCGAAUGGUUGCGCUGUCGUGGGCGGAAUAUGGAAUCCUCGUCGAGCUCCAAGCCUGAGUUAAUAGCGCUGCUGCUGAGAUUGUAUGUUAGAGCCCCUAAUAUGUAGUUGUCCGUGUAAUUUCGUCCAUGAUAGGAGCCUGUGUAUUUCAUGUGACUUCACGAGUUAGCGGGUUCACUUCAUAAACAGUUUAUCACAAGUCGGCAAAUGUUCAACAGAAGUUCCAAUGUUUGGAUGCUUUUUGUAUUAAACCUUUUUUCAUGUUAACUUGUGACUUCGAGCGAGGACUACCUACAUGGGAUUGUGAAGGCUGUAUACGAUCGUCUCAUGACAACGUGUAUUAAUGUUAAUCAAAUGGUGUCUGAGCAGACGCAAAUGUGAUUCACAACAACAAUAGAAAACCACAAGAAGCGUGUCCUGACUCCAAAAGGCAACGAGCCUUGAUCAGAAUAAUAUCGAGGAAUGCCUGUUCAUGCAUGGAGCAGGUCGUUUUAAGGACUACUUCCUUCUCCAGAUCGGAUGUACUGAGAGAUUUGCAAGUGCUUUAGUACCUCGACGUUUUUCCUUACAUUUAGGCAGUCGCCAUCAUCGCCUUUUAUAUGGUCUCAUAUUGCCAGCCAUCUGCCUCCUCAGACAUCACAUUUUUGGUGAUUAGAGGGUGACAACGGUUGAAGCAGGUCCUGUGUGGUGCCUUGUUCAUAGUCCAUGGGGUCGGAAGUGCGGCUGAUGUCCGCAUCGGCCAUUUCAGCACUGCUAGUCGUUAGCCACAUUGACGCCGUUUACGGCCACCAUUCUACUUGAAUGAGUUGGUGCCCCUACACCUAGGUCGUCACAACACACCGCGCCGUUGUAUUUGUAUGAGGAAUGGAUUUUCUCAAGCACGCACGAGACAAUAUGGACAAUAAUAUGCAUCGGGAGAUGUUUAAUUCUAGUUUUCGUUGCUGCGUUUUAGAGACGACACUUUCUCAGGUAACAUUCAAGAACAACGUAAACGGCAACACAUCUGUCCCUUCUACUUUCAUUAACAAGCCUACUGUAGACUUUUCCAAACUUAAUCUGUGGCUAAUGGAUGAAAUAUCGACAAUCGUCAUUUCCCGUCAGAGCUUUUAAGGCGAAUUGACAUGGGUCUUCUGAUCCUGAUAGCUUCCAUGUGGUGACGCCCAACUUGCUUGCGCCCGUUGAUGCGUCGCCACUAAUCGACUUAUCUAACCGAAUGCCUUUGAACGGUUGUUUACAAAGAUUACGGAUUGCCACUCUAAUAACAACCCUGCCUAAAGUCCAUUGCAAAGACAAAUUACAGUUAAGACCCCUAAUCUCGCCUUUCCUGUUGUGCUACCCCCUAAGACGGCGGUGGGAGUUGAAACCCUAAUUUGUGAUUGACAAAACAUACCAGGACUGCGUUGGUGUUCGAAAUUUCGCAGGCACUCGCGACCUGAAGCGGCCGUUCUUGGCGAGGUGAACGCUGCUUACAGGGUGCGCCGACUCGUGGAAGACUCUUACAUUGUUAAAAUUUCCCUGGAUGACAUUGCAAAAGAUUUAAAGUAAAUUCCUACGCAACUACACUCUGCCAGCCGUCGACAUCUGAUUUGGCCGUGCACCAAUGACAACGCCACGUUUACACGAGAUAGCUGUUCUUGAACCAAAUAGCUUGCUAUCUCAAGUGUUGUGAUUUGCUGUAGGUCGACACUCUGCCUUGAUUACAUUCAACUGUUACCAUACUUCGAGGAUUUUCAUAGAUAUCCUGUUCCUCGUUUCAGGACGAAUUUUUGGUGGGAAAAACACUGUUAAACGCAAGCCUUCCUGAGCGAAACGCAGCCACCGUACCUCUAUUCAAAAAGUUAAACCGUGGAGAUGUCGGCGAAGAUGCAAAAGAAGAUAUAUAUGACCAUUUCUUCUCACAAAUAAACCAGGAAGCGUCAUUGCCAAACAGUCGUCUCGCUCAAGGUAUACUACUCAAAGACGAGAAACUUGUUGAAAUCACUGCUCUCAAGGGCAAGUUCUUCCACAAGUUCGGUUUCACCCGGAACAAAGCUCUUUUACUCUAUCCUGAGGAGGCAAUUUACCUAACAGAAGCUGGCUCGCUUCAAGUCUACGAUCUCGGACUUCCGCUGAGCUUACAACAGCUUCAAAACGUACUGCUCGACAGCUACACAUUUGCCUGUUAUGUAGCUUACUGCCGCCUUACGCGACUGGGAUAUAUCUUACGACGAAGACACCGGAUCACCGCUGCGCCCCCUCCUGCGGCUCCUUUGACAAAAACUCUGAAUCUGGGCCCAGUUUCCUCACCCGAACCACGAUUAUUUCCAACAUCCCCAUCUGAUAACAGUCCUGGCUUCCUCGUUGCCUCCCCCUUCGGCCUCCAGAGGCUCCUUGCGGACACAAACCUGCAGGAACCAGCUAUGGUACAGAAAGAAUUAGACGUUAUUCGGUCCGGCCAUUUUAAGACCUUUCACCCACAACCAAUAACAUAUGAUGCUUAUGAAAGUCGCGGCGCGAAGGAGCUCGAGCACUUUUCAAAGAGUCGGUUAGGACAACCACAAUUUAUUGUUGUGGUAGUUCGCGGGGAUGACAGAUAUUUCAUAACGAACCAAGCAUUCUUGGAUUCUCUAGAACUUCCAGGCGGCACUCAAGUCGUCCUGGCCGUAAUUGACAAUGCUGAUGUGUCUUUCCAUUUCCAGAAGGUCUUCUCAAUCCCCAAAUUGUCCUUCACCUAA